AUGUCGACCCCGACAAGUCCCGUGGAGCACCAGCUCCCGCAGCGGUCGGCGACGCUGUCCAGCAGCAUGACCCGCCGCACGUCGAUGAGUGACGAUGAGGCUAUCCCCGAUACCGAUAGCAGCCAGACUACCACCCUUCUUAUUGAACGUCUGCGGGCAUGGAAGCACACUUGUGGAACCUUGGAAGACUACAUGACUGCUACUUCCAAGGUGUCCAAGUCCCAGUCGAAGGACCAUGAGAAGAUCCUGAAGACCGUCAGUGAUCCGUUGAAGGAGAGCCACCAUUUUAGCUCCAGUGCCGGAGGUGUGGCAGGUCUAGUUGAGAAUAUGCGCAACAAUUCUCAGGGUAUGGUCAACAUGUACCUUGAUACCGAAAAGAACCUGAAGGGCAGCGUGCUCCCGACUCUGGAACGCCUCCACAAAGAGAUCAAGAACAAGUCCAAGGAGCUGAAGUCUGGAGCUGCCAAGGGAGCCAAGGCCGUGGAGAAGGCUCGCCAGCUGACCCAGAAGCACAUCGAGCUCCUCGGCCAGAACUCCGCCUCUUACGAUGCCGCUGCGGGCAACAAGAUCGAAACCGCUCAUGACCCCUACAUCCUGAAGCGUGGUAUCAACCACCGUUUGAACAAGCAGGUCACUGAGGAGAACAACCACCGAAAUGAUAUCCUCGCCGUGCAGAACUCGUUCCAGCAGUUCGAAGCGCACGUUUUGCAGACCCUGCAGAGUGCUCUGGAGCAAUUCUUCCAGCUGAUGGGUGGCCAACUCGACCGCCAGCGUGCUAUGUAUGGCGAUAUCCUGGCUACUGCUCAGCGUAUCCCGCCUGAUUUUGAGUGGGUGAACUUUGUGGUUCGAAACGACGCAACCCUCGUGAACCCCGAUUCGCCGCCGCGCUCAUUUGAGAGCAUUACCUUCCCCAAUAUGGACCACCGAUCCACGCAGCCUCUGAUUGAGGGCUCUUUGGAGCGCCGCUCGCGCGCUGUUAUCAAGGGCUACAGCACGGGCUACUACGUCGUUACCCCUGCCCGCUACCUGCACGAAUUCAAGGACAACGACGACUUCCGCCGCGAUCCCACCCCGGAGCUGUCGCUGUAUCUGCCCGACUGCAUUGUGGGUGCCAUUGACGGCGUCAAAUUUAACGUCAAGGGCAAGGAUGUCUCGAGUGGCAAGGUCGGUAACGCUUUCCACACCACGACAGAGCUCAGCUUCAAGGCCCACACUGCUAGCGAUGCCGAGAAGUGGUGGACCGUUAUCAAGGACGCCACUCGCGGUCCCACCCCGGCUCCGACCCUUUCUAUGCCCACUGCCACCUCCCCCACGGGCUCGGCUGUCCCUACCAGCCCUGCCGGUAGCACUACUCAGAACAACCCUCCUGUCUACUCCGAGAAGGAGAAGGAAGCCACCGCUACUAGCCCUGUAGAGGCAACGGCUGCUUCUCCGGCUACCGAUACAAAGGAGAAAGCACCAAGCCCUGGCAUCAGCCGUACUGCUAGCACUGCUAGCCACUUCCACACCUCUCCCGGUGGAUCGGCUGUCCAGGAGACCUCCGAGAAGCCCGCUGAGAAGUCCGAGAAGUCCUAA